AUGUCAGGCGUUAACAUAUUACGUUUUCUUCUUGCCUGUGGGAAGAUCAAGCGUACAGUCCGUACUGGAUGGACGCGCUACAAUGUGAAAGAUCCUGAGAGUGUUGCGGACCACAUGUAUCGAAUGGCGCUCAUCUCCACUCUUCUUCCAAGAACGGAAAACUUUACACCUGACAAGGUCAUGAAGAUGGCGAUCGUUCACGAUCUCGCUGAAUGCAUUGUCGGGGACAUCACACCAUUCUGCGGAGUUUCCAAGGAGGAGAAACAUGCCCGCGAAGAGGCGGCUAUCACUGGGCUCUGCAGGGACUUGCCCGACGACAUCGGCACAGAAUUGAUUGACUUGUGGAAGGAGUAUGAAGAUCAAAAGACCCCAGAGGCCAUUGUCUGCAAGGACCUCGACAAAUUUGAGAUGAUCCUUCAGGCUUAUGAGUACGAACAGGAGGCGGGGAAGCCAGGCUGGCUGGAUGAGUUUUUUACAAGUACGGAGGGAGUCUUCACGUACCCCUGUGUGCGGGAAUGGGUCCAUGCACUUCGCGAACUGAGGGCUUCCACAAAAGCGGAUCAUAAUACCACUCUUAGGAAAUAA